AUGCAGAACGAACAGUUAAACGAAUUUACUCCAGCAGAGCAUAUUCAUCAGAUUCGCUCAUAUUUCGAUAUCAUAGACAAUGCAGUUCAAAUUGGUGACACUAAUAGAAAAUAUUCUGACGCAAAGAUUCCAUCACAACCUGGAACUGCUAAAGAUAACACAUGGGUAACAUUCAAUCUCUCACCUCCUGGUGAAAAUAUGUUGGACCUUUACAAUACAUUCAUUACGUAUAAAAUGGAAGGUCAAUUUAUUGUAGAUAAAGAAAUUGGUUCAGGUUCCAAUAAAACAAACCCACCAGGAUUUUGGAUUGGUUUCGAUGACGCUUUCUAUGCAGUUGCUGGAUAUCAAAUCCUUGCAAAUGGUCGUAUCGUAUAUUCUCAAGACAACGCAAGAGAAGAAGCAUAUAUAACUUCAAACUCACAAACUACCGAACAAAUAAAGAAAGUAGAUGUUUUCUCAAAGACUCGACAUGAAGAUGUAUGGAGUCAUUCGGGAACAUGCAGAACAGGACAAAUUGUUAGUGGUCCAAUUACAGCAGGAAAAUCAUUUGAUUUUAAGCUUCGUUUAAGAAUUCCUGUUAGAAGAUUCCUUCCAUUAGAAGCUAUAAGAUUUAUUCCAGCUUUUGCAGGAAACAUUCAGCUUAAAGUAAAGUUCAGUAGCGACGCCUUACAAUGCACAUCUAUAUCUGUAAAUGAUAUCAUUGCUUUCAAUCCAACUCUUAAAGUUGCAUUUGCUUCAGAUUCAAAUCCACCGACAAAUAAAUUUGU